AAGUGGGAAUAUGGCACUCGAUUUAGAAAGAUUUAAGGUUACUAAUAUGGUUAGGAAAGCGGUAGCGAUGCCAUAUAAGAGCGAAAUAGUGCCAGUUCAAUAUAUACAUUUUUCGUAGGGUUUACAUUCUCCCUUUGUUAAUUUUAUUUAAAUUUUAUUUUGCAGGUGUUUAGUCCGUAGGCGUAUUUUUCAAUAUGAAUCGGGCAAACCUUAAACGACGGCGUUUUAGGUAUCUUUAGAAGAUUCACCUGCCUCGGUUCGAUGACCGAAAAAAAAACUUCUUUUAAGAUGUCUGAAGAGCUGACAACUAGCCAAAAACACCCAAUUUGUUUUCUCCCUUGAGGAGGAUGAUCUUGUGAUGGAAACCCGGCCACCACCGACAAUUAACGACCAAUUGGCCGAGAUCUGCCAAAUAAUUCGUUCUUUGGAGACGGUGUUGGAGGCCAACACGAAGAAGCUGGCGAAGACGGCCGAGAUCAGCCAAAGAGUUCGGUCAUUGGAGACGGUGUUGGAGGUCAACACGAAGCAGCUGGCGGAGACCACAAACCAGGUUGCGAGGAUGACGGCCUUGUUGGAGAUUUUCGUGAAGGGGAAGGCGAAGAAUGUGGCUGUGGAAGUGGCGUUCCCAGACACAUCGGAGGAAGACCUGGUGGCUUUAGAUCAGAACAUAAGCUCAGGGUCCCAAGAACGCCACAUGGAAGCAAUAACAAAAAUUUUAAAGAGCAACCAUUUGUCCAAAGCAAUAAAGGGCGUUUUGUCAGAAACGCUCUUGUGCGCCUACAACAUAGACGGCCUAAACGGGAAAAAGUCUUUAAAAAAAUUUCCCAAAUUCUUUUCCGUUCUGAUUGAAAGCAUAAGCACAUUAGAAGGCCAGCAGCCAGCAGAGAAGGCCUUGGCCCACGCACUGGCAUGUGUAAAAAAUAAUGCUAACAAAAAAGGAAAAAAUUAG